ACUGCGCCUGCGCGAGGGGCGGCCCGAGGGGUCGCCGGACGGAGCCGCCCCGAGCCCCCCCUCCCCCUCCCCGAGCGCCAUGUCGGGGGUGCAGCGCAUGAAGGUGGCCAACGAGCGGCACAGCAAGAGCAUCACGCAGAGGGGGGGCCUCCACCGGGCCCCGACACCCCAGGAGGAAAAAGCCCCUGUCGGGCCCUGGCUCUUGGCCCUUUUCAUCUUUGUGGUCUGUGGAUCAGCCAUCUUCCAGCUGAUUCAGAGCAUCCGACUUGGCGGCUGAUCGGGGGCUAAGGACACAUUGCCGCAGUGCGCCCCCCCCCUCAAGAAACUGUGGACUAUUUUAGGCCCUCCCAAGCGUCUCUGGGAGGCACCAACAACACUCCGUGUGCUGCCAAAUACUUUCUUUCACCUCGAUGCUUCUGGAACUAUAGUCUGCUUCUGUUGGUUCUUCUCUCCAGAGGGACUGUGGUGGGUGGAGGUCUCUGCUCUGGGCCCACAGACCGGGGUGGAGGGGAUCGCAACUUGGCAUUGUUUCCCAGAUACUGUAUUAAAUGCUGAAUGAGUUUCCUCAGGAGAGCCCCUGGGUGCAGGCCUACAGUGGUCUUGCAGGGCUUGGAGAGUCUGUGAAAUGGGCGGUUUGUUGAGCUCAGCUCUCUUCCACAACUGAUCACAACAUUAAAAAAAUGUCCCAUCUGAAAA